CCUGUGCUGUCGCUGUGCCUGUGCGUCGGAAAGAAAAGAAAAGAAAAGAAAAAAAACACUCGAGUGUGCAGUGUGGGUUGUGUCUCCGCUCCUUGCGCCUGCGCUGCGCUGCGGCGAUCUCCAUCUCCAUCUCUCUCUCUCUCUCGAGCAGAGCAGAGCACGCCGUCAUCCUCGUCCUGCUGCUGCUUCCGGCAGAUCUGGGAAGCUUUGAGAGCCUUAAUACAACUAGUAACCAGAGCUCAGCUCGGAUCCGUAGGACAAACCCAAGCUUGGUCGUCGGUGUGUUUCCGGAGAAUGUGACCGCGCCGCGCCGCGCCUUCUCUUAUCACAAAUGGCGGCUACACCAGGGAGCAGCAGGCCAGCGAAUGUUGCUGCUGCUGCUGCGACGGAGGCCAGAUUCCACUCCCACCCACCACAGCAGGAUAGGCGGAGUGGAUGGGCUGGCUGUUUGUCUGGCUUGUCAUGUUUCGGAUCACAGAAGGGUGGGAAGCGUAUAGUUCCUGCAGCACGUGUACCUGAUGGGAAUGCGUCAACUAGUCGUGGAAAUGCACACCAAUCUGGUGCCAAUUCCAACCAAAGUGCGGCUCUGAAUUUAUCUCUUCUUGCUCCACCGUCUUCUCCGGUGUCCUUCUCUAAUUCUGCAAUUCCUUCGACUGCCCAAUCACCUAAUUGCUUCCUGUCAAUAUCUGCAAACUCUCCGGGUGGGCCAACAUCUAAUAUGUUUGCUGUUGGGCCAUAUGCUAACGAGCCUCAGCUUGUCUCACCACCUGUCUUCUCAACUUACACGACCGAGCCUUCCACUGCACCACUGACCCCUCCACCUGAACUAGCUCAUGCAACUACUCCCUCCUCUCCAGAUGUUCCAUAUGCGCGGUUUCUUUUGUCAUCUAUGGAUCUGAAAACUGCUGGCAAAGAUCACAACAUGCCGUACUUAUCUACAGCAUAUUCUGGAGGUUCAGGGCUCCAGGCAUCUUAUCCGCUUUACCCAGAAAGCCCUUCAAGCAGCCUCAUAUCACCUGCUUCAGCAACUCCAAGGACUGGUCUUUCAUCACCUAUACCUGAGCAAGAGGUGCCUACUGCACAUUGGAAGACAUCUAGGUCUGCCUGCGACACACCAUAUUCCAGGGCUUCGCCCAUCCCUGAGCAAGAGGUCUGCACCGCACAUUGGAAGACUUCUAGGUCUGCCUGUGACACACCAUAUUCCAGGAAUUCACCGUCCAAUAUUUUUGGGCUUGAUUCAGCCGCCUCUAGAAACUACAUGUUAGAUAAUAACUUCUUUCGGCCAGCUGCAUCUGCCCAGUUCUACCUGGAUCAGGCUCAGCAGUCAUUUCCAUAUAAUAAUGGUGGGAGGAUUAGUGUCUCAAAGGACAAACAAGAUGUUGAGGAGGUUGAAGCAUACAGGGCAUCUUUUGGGUUCAGCGCAGAUGAAAUCGUUACAACUCAAACCUACGUGGAGAUACCAGAUGCGCUUGAUGAGGGGUUCAGUAUAUCUCCAUUUGGGAACAAUGCUCCUGCUACUGAGGUGGAUAAAUCACUCUUCAAUGUAAAAGUGAUCACAGGCCCAAAGAAAUCUACAGAGCAAAAGCUUUCAAAUGGGUCUCCACAAAAUGUAGUGCACCUGGACAUAUUCAAAGGAACAAAAGGAGGGGAUGUGUGUGAGGAUGAAGGGAUGGUGAAAGAUUGCCAUCCAUUCAGAAAGGGGAGGGAUGAAAUAUCUCUAAAACCCAUAGAAGUGAGGAAGAAAGUUGGGGGUGGACAGUCAUGCUCGGAUGCAGAGAUCGAGUACAGAAGAGCUAGGAGUUUGAGAGAAGCCAAUGGAGUUGUGUCAUGGCGCAGCACCCUGGCAAGGCAACUACAGUAACGAUGAUACACUAGGCAGGAUAAUAAGUAGUAAGGACUAGAAUCCAGAGUACCCCUGGCCAGGCCUAGCGUGUGUGCAUCGUUGUUAGUACAAGUGAGAGUCUUUAGGCGAAGAGUAGGCCAUGCUGGUGAUUUGUUCUGGGGAUUUCUACUGCCAGAUAGAUGAUGCUCCUCCUGUAUUUCUACUAUUUAAAUUCCAAGUUCCUCUUUUGUAUACUAUAUACUACUGUAGUAGACACUCUAGUACAAGUGAGGCAACAAGUGCUCAUGGCUUGUGCUUCCUGAGUGAUGGCUAAUUUAUGAUCGCCCCUUGUGUUAUGGUGGUACUAUA